AUGGCCAACGAAAAGCCCAAGGAAGGAGUCAAGACUGAGAAGAACAAUCAUAUUAAUUUGAAGGUGGCGGGGCAGGAUGGUUCUGUGGUGCAGUUUAAGAUUAAGAGCCAUACACCACUUAGUAAACUAAUGAAAGCCUAUUGUGAACGACAGGGUUUGUCAAUGAGGCAGAUCAGAUUCCGAUUUGAUGGGCAGCCAAUCAAUGAAACAGACACACCUGCACAGUUGGAAAUGGGACAAUGAAGAUACAACUGAUGU